AUGUUGGUGCUCUUCGAAACCCCGGCGGGGUACGCUAUUUUUAAGUUGUUGGAUGAGUCAAAAUUAUCUGAAAUUGAUAAUGUAUAUCAAGAAUUUAACACACCAGAGGGAGCAGCAUCAGUCGUUAAAUUAAAGAACUUUAUAAAAUUUGAAGACACCACUGAAGCUCUUGCAGCAACAACUGCAGCAAUUGAAGGAAAGCUUUCUAAGACAUUAAAGAAGGCCCUAAAAAAAUAUGUCUCUAAAGAUAUUCAAGAACAACUUCUGGUGGGUGAUGCUAAGUUGGGUAAUGCAAUUAGAGAGAAAUUUGACUUACAAUGUGUUUCAAAUAGCAAUGUACAAGAGUUGAUGAGAUGUAUUAGAUCUCAAAUGGAUAGUCUUCUUACUGGCUUGCCUAAGAAAGAGAUGACAGCUAUGGCUCUUGGAUUAGCACAUUCCCUAUCAAGAUAUAAACUGAAAUUCUCUCCAGACAAAAUUGAUACUAUGAUUGUGCAAGCACAAUGCUUGCUUGAUGAUUUGGAUAAGGAAUUAAACAAUUAUGUAAUGAGAUGCCGUGAGUGGUAUGGUUGGCAUUUUCCUGAGCUUGGAAAAAUUAUAACAGAUAAUACAUUAUUUGUAAAAAUUGUGAAAUUGAUGGGUACUCGUGACAAUGCUUCAGGAACUGAUUUGUCAGAUAUUCUUCCAGAGGACUUAGAGGAGAAAGUGAAAGAAGCUGCUGAGAUUUCUAUGGGCACAGAAAUAUCUGAUGAUGAUAUUGUCAAUAUCCAGAACUUGUGUGAUGAAAUCAUAAAUAUUACAGAUUAUAGGACUCAUUUAACUGACUAUUUGAAGGCUAGAAUGAUGGCUAUGGCACCGAAUUUAACAGUGUUGAUUGGGGAACAUAUUGGAGCUAGGUUAAUUGCUCAUGCAGGUUCCUUAAUGAAUUUAGCUAAACACCCAGCUUCAACUAUACAGAUUUUUGGUGCUGAAAAGGCACUUUUCAGAGCACUUAAGACUAAGAAAGAUACUCCAAAGUAUGGGCUCAUAUAUCAUGCGCAGUUAGUUGGCCAAUGUAGUACAAAGAACAAGGGCAAAAUGUCUCGAAUGUUGGCUGCAAAGGCAGCACUAGUAACACGUGUUGAUGCAUUUGGUGAUGAUGUGUCUUUUGAACUUGGUGCUGAACAUAAAGUAAAGCUAGAGAACAAACUUAGGCUGUUAGAGGAAGGCAACAUAAAAAGAAUCAGUGGGACAGCUAAAGCCAAAAGCAAAUUUGAAAAAUAUCAUAGUAAAAGUGAGGUGCAUCAUUAUCCGACUGCGGGAGACAGCACCUUAGGACAGAAACCUGUUAAGAGAGAACACUCACCAGAUAAACAAGUCUCUACCAAAAAGAUCAAGCUGGAAGAUGGUGCUGAGGAGGUCACACCGAAGAAAAAAGUUAAAGAAGAAUCCACCGAUGAUGUAGACGGUCAGUUGAAUGGAUCAGUCUCAGAGAAGAAGAAAAAGAAGAAAAAGCAAUCCCUUACAUCUGAUGUAAAAGAGGAACCAGAAGUUAAAGAUGAAAUGGAUAUAGCAGAAGAGAAGACACCAAAAAGCGAAAAGAAGAAAAAGAAAAAGCAAUCUCUUGUCUCAGAAGUAAAGGAGGAUCCAGACACGGAAGUUAAAGAAGAGAUGGAUGUAACAGAGCAGAAAACACCUAAAAGCGAAAAGAAGAAAAAGAAGAAGAAGCAGUCAAUGUCUGAAGAUGCCUAA